AUGCAGGGGAUAGUGACAUUUAAGGAAGAUAACAUGGAAACUGUUCAAUCACUUCAGGAUAUUGUUUCCUAUAAUGCUGCUAAAAACCUGAAAGACACAAAUUUGCUUGACCUCGGUCGGCAACUUCUAUCCGAGGCAAAAUUAGGUAAUGGAGAACAAAUAAAAUUGUUAGUCGCUGCAGGAGCUCCUUUCACAGCUGACUGGGUAGGAACAAGUCCAAUCCAUUGGACAGCUCAUUACAACUAUAUAGAUGUAACAGAAUUGCUUUUGCGAUCCGGUAUAUCUCCGGACGCUAGGAAUAAGGUGGAUAGAACACCACUGCAUGUGGCCUGUCAGAAAGGACAUUUGGAAAUCACUCAAUUGUUGGUUGCUUUCGGUGCCGAUGUCAAUGCUCGUGACAUGAUAAGAAUGACACCAUUACAUUGGGCAGCAGUUAGUGGAAAUAAAGAAAUAGUAAAAAUAUUGCUUGAUCAUGGUGCUUCAGUUCAACCACUCAGCAAGUUUGGAAAGACUCCUGCAGAUAUCGCUGAAGACCAUUCCUACUAUGACAUUAUAAAGCUUAUAGAGGAGACAAAAGCUAUACCCCCUCAAGAAAGAUUUGUGAGAGUCUCUUUGAAAAGAAAAGAAAGUCAGAAAAUCAAACUUGAAGAUAACCAACAGUCUCUAGGCGCUGUUGGGGGUGGAGAAGUAUUAAAAAUGGUCGCCAAGAGAAGGAAGAUUGGCCUUGGGAUUAUCCUAAAUAAAAAGGGUGAAAAUGGUGAUACUAAAGUUGAACUUGUCGACAACGAUGAGAAACCAAAGAUUCUAUCUUUGACUAAUGGCGUACCAAAUGAUAAACAACAGGCGAUACAGAUGUUGAAAGAACAUGGUAUUACGAUGUUGGAGCCUGAUAAUGGUACUGUUGUUUCGUCGGCUGUAGAAAGAGGCCAAAACAUUAAACUUACAGAAGCUGGGAAGCUUGCUUUAAGUUUUUCAAAACCUUCUACCACCAUUACUACCAACAAUACUACAACUACGACUUCACCAUUUAUAAAAGUGCUUCCUUCAUCAGUUACUGGUAUUAAACAACCUGUUAAAAUAUUACCUAAACCGCAAGGACCUGUAGAUGUAUUACCAAAAGUAUUACCGAACGGUCAGAAGAUCAUCACCAUUAAAGCUGAUCAGCUGAUCAACAUGACUAAGGAAAAGAAAGUUAUAAUUAAAGUUGCGAGGCCAGUACCCAAUGCUAGAAUUAUUGACGGUAAACUUGUCACUACUACCCAAAAAGAACAAUUGAUAUCUACAAUGAAGGACAAACGCACCCAAGCCAUUGUUUCUUUAGUCGAAAAGAAAAAGAUUGCAGAAGAAGCAAAAAGAGCUUAUGAAAAAGCAAAACAAGUUUUUGAAGAAGCAAAAGAAAAUAUGACCAAGUUGGAAAAAGAUGUCGACGAUAUUCAAAAACAAAUUACAAAUUAUGAUCUAACAAUUUCAAAAUUGUUACCAAAAACAGACUGA